GGUGCGCUCUCUAUACGGAAUUACGGAGGGAGUAUAACUUCCUAAAAACGCGGAUUGCGAUCCCAGGCUUGGACGGUCCAGUCUCCACCUCUCCCCAGUUCAUAAUAAUUUCACCUUCUCUUCCCCAAUUCACAUGGUAGAAGAGAAGAUCCGAUCGGCCACAUCUCAAUAUCGCCGCCGCGCACGUUCCGCCAUACAGUCGUGACGAGAACCGCCGGCGCCGGAGAUCUGUCGAUCCCGUUUUAUUUUAUUCUAUUCUUUUCCCCCGUAAUUGAUUUUUAUGUUUGAAUUCCCAUUUUUUUCCGAAUAAAGCAAGACGAAGCACGAAUUUGUCUUCUCUUGUGAUUGAAUCUAGUGACAGCGACACCUAUUGUUUCCUUUCGCUAUCAAUUCCUUCGAUCAUAAGUUCGCUCGCUUCCUCAUCUUCUUUUUCCGGCGCUACAUCCACGGUUACCGCGUACUGGACUGGUAGCUGUCUGCAUUCCAUUUUCUCUUCUGGUUAAAUACACACAGUCAUGUCACUGGACACCAAAAUAUCGUCACCACAUAGGAGGUCCCAGUUACAAAGCGCCUUCUCGGCCUCGCCAUCACUCAAGAAGCAAAGCACCCGAGGCGAUGACCACGAGCUCGGGAACUGCUCAACACUGAUCAACCGCCACCGCUUCCUCCUCACAGCCCUCGGCCUGCUAGGGUUCCUCUGCACCAUAUAUCUCUAUUUUGCAGUCACUCUUGGCGCAGCCGGCACGUGCUCCGGAUUUACUGGCACUGAGAAAGCUGCAUGCCAUUUGGAACAUGGGAAGGCAUUUGCCAAAGGGAAAUUGAAGUUCUUCUAGCCAUUUGGAACAUGGGGAAGACAUAUCUGGUAAAAAAAACCAUGUCUAUUUUAUGGUAUAAACUAUCUGUCACUUAUAUAGUUACAUAGUACUUUUUUAUGAAAUCUUUAUUAAUUAAAUUAUGUAAUUUGUUGGGCUCAAUCUCUAUGCAACUAUAGGGCGUGAUUUAUUUUUUUUCGUUGAUAAAAUAUAAAUAAUGUUGGCGUGUGUUG